AUGGAGGACUACGAAGUUCGAUCAGCUGCCAGCAUCCUGGCAUCAGUAAAAGAACAGGAGGCCCGUUUUGAGCAGUUAACCCGAGCUCUUGAAGAGGAGCGUCGCACACUGCAACUUGGGCGGGCCAAUGCGACUCCCAACCCUCCCACGAGCCAACCGUUAGCAUGGCAACAAGUGGUGAUGCAGGAGCAGAGCCCAAGCAACGCCACCUCUCUGUCCAUGAUGCAAGAGCCACCAGAAAUGGUGGAGGAGACAGUCACCAUAGAGGAGGACCCUGGAACACCUACUUCCCAUGUUUCAGUUGUCACCUCUGAUGAUGGGACCACACGGCGAACUGAAACCAAGGUGACAAAAAUGGUGAAGACCGUAACUACACGAACUGUGCGUCAAGUUCCUCUUGGCCCCGAUGGCUUGCCAAUACCAGAGGGCUCAUCCCCAUUGGGAAACUACACCGACUCAAUUGACCGACGCUACAUGAAGAAUGGUGGUGAUCGCUUCAUCACACCUCAAGCUUCGUCCACCUUGACACGUUCCUACAACAAUUCUUUCAAUGAUUCUUAUGGUGAGACGCCAGAGAGUCAGUACAUUCGACACUAUGGUCUACAUGACGGCUACCCCGAUUUGACGGACAACUAUGGAAGCCUGUCCCGAGGCAUCAACUUCCGUCCACCUCGCUACCCCUACAUGCCCAAUAGCUACCGGCCAGAGAACAGCUACACACUGCCUAUUCGCAAGGAUGACUAUGGCCAUGUGGCCCAACCCCAGGUGCCUAUGGGUAGCAGCACUGUGGACCUGAAUCGUUCUCAGCCUGAGCGCUUUCAAGCCGAACCAUAUGGCCUGGAAGAUGAUCGCCGCAGCUUCGGCCCUGAGGACGAGGAACCAUAUGAGCUGGAGCCUGAUUAUUCCACUGCUAACCGACGACGGCCGGGUCUUGGUAGAUUUCUGCAUACUCUAGGCUACCCAGAUGAGCCCAUUGAUACAGAGCUGAUUGAUGAACGCCACCCCUACAUCCAUGGCAUGUAUUCUGCACCACUGGCACAACCGGAGCGGGGCAGUAUGGCCAGCCUGGACCGUAUGGGCGGUCGACGUUCACCCUCAAUCGACAGCAUUCGUAAAGAUCCUCGAUGGCGUGAUCCGGAUCUACCAGAGGUCAUUGCUAUGUUAGGCCAUCCCAUCGACCCUGUCAAGUCCAAUGCUGCUGCAUACUUGCAGCAUCUGUGCUAUGAAAACGAUAAAAUCAAAAAGGAUGUUCGCCAGUUAAAGGGAAUUCCUGUACUGGUGGGGCUUCUGGACCAUCCCAAAUCUGAGGUCCAUCGCAAGGCUUGUGGAGCCUUACGCAACAUCUCCUAUGGCAAGGACAAUGACAAUAAGGUAGCCAUCAAAAAUUGUGAUGGCAUUCCUGCCCUCGUCCGCCUCCUGAGGAAGACCAAUGACAUGGAGGUUCGAGAGCUCAUCACUGGUACUCUUUGGAACCUAUCCUCCUAUGAACCCUUGAAGAUGGUCAUCAUCAACCACGGCCUCCAGACAAUGACCAAUGAGGUCAUCAUCCCACACUCUGGGUGGGAGCAUGAACCCAAUGAGGACUCAAAGCCACGUGAUGCAGAGUGGACCACUGUCUUCAAAAACACCUCUGGAUGCUUGAGAAAUGUAAGCUCAGACGGGGCAGAGGCUCGUCGCAGACUGAGGGAGUGUGACGGAUUGGUGGAUGCCCUGCUGCAUGCUCUCCAAUCAGCUGUAGGCAAGAAAGAUAUGGAUAAUAAGUCUGUGGAGAACUGUGUCUGUAUUAUGAGGAACCUGUCUUACCACGUCCACAAAGAAGUGCCAGGGGCCGAAAGGUUUCAAGAUCCAUCAGCACCACAGACCCCUGGCUCUGCAGGGCCACAGAGGAAGAAGAAGGAUGACGCUGGCUGCUUCGGAGGCAAAAAGGCCAAAGAGGAAUGGUUUAAUCAAGGUAGAAAAAAUGGUGAAAAUGACAAAAACUACGAUACAUUGGAUCUUCCCAAGCGUACUGAGCCGACAAAAGGGUUUGAGCUACUGUAUCAACCAGAAGUGGUGAGGCUCUAUCUUUCUCUGCUGACAGAGAGCCAAAACUACAAUACCCUGGAGGCUGCUGCUGGGGCUCUGCAGAACCUUGGUGCAGGGCAAUGGACUUGGUCAAACUACAUCCGGGCCACAGUGCGGAAAGAGAAAGGCCUCCCUAUCCUGGUGGAACUGUUGCGGUCCGACUCUGACAAGGUGGUCCGAGCUGUAGCUAUCGCCCUGCGCAACCUCUCCAUUGACCGCCGCAAUAAGGACCUUAUUGGAAGUUACGCCAUGCGGGACUUGGUCAGUAACUUGCCAAGCGGACAACAGCGACCAGCAAAGAACUUGGAGGAGGACACUGUGGUGGCCAUCCUCAACACAAUCCAUGAGAUUGUCACCGACAGCUCCGAAAACGCCCGAUCCCUUGUACAGGCUCAAGCCAUCGAAAAGCUGGUCGCAAUCAACCGGACCAGUCAAUCACCUAGAGAAACAAAGGCUGCAUCUCAUGUGCUACAGACAGUGUGGAGUUAUAAGGAACUAAGAAACGCUCUGACAAAGGAUGGCUGGAACAAGAGCCAUUUCCAGCCCACGAUGACAGCAAACCCUAAAGGAACCAAGAAUGGCAAACCUGGUUAUGACGAUACAACUCUGCCCCUAAUGGAGAAGAACCAAGAUGGUUACUCUACCAUUGACCAGAGGGACAAAGACUGCAAAUAUAAGACCGGCGACAGUUCAGUGGACCUGACAGAGCGGGAGCCAUUAAAGAAUGACACAAGUAGGAAACACUAUAUCAGGAGUAAUAGGCCUGCUGUCAGUCUGGUGGACGCUUGUGAGGUUAAGCCACAGCCGGUUGAUUCCUGGGUCUAA